AUGCUGACCGAAGCGCUUGUGGUCACGUGGAUCAGCAUGUGCGCCGCCAUGCUGUACACGGAUCCGCGGCUCUGGAUCAUCGCGGCCUCCUCGCUGGCUUUCGCGGUGGUCCGGGUGGAGAUUGUGCCGCGGGCGUCCGCCAAAGUGAAAGCGUUCCCGGCAUUGUCACCCUUCGGCCAGUUGCUGUUUAGCAACACGGCGGUGUCGAUGCUGCACUCGGCGCUGUCGUCGCUGCUAGCGAUCUCGGCACUGCUCACAGCGCACUCGCUGGAUGGCGACUAUGUCAACACGGUGACGAGGGGCGAGUUCCUGGCAACCGCCGUCUCCACCGGAUACUUUGCGUACGACUUGUUUGACUACAUGCUGAACGGCUUGUACGUCAAGUCGCCGGGCAUCGUCCUCCACCACGUGGUGGUGCUCAUUUGCUACAUCUCCGCACUCUCCAAGACUGUGGGCGUACCGCUGCUGUCGCUGGCCCUUGUCUGCGAGCUGCACUCGGUGUUCAUGCACGCCCGGAAGCUGUUGACGAUGAGUAACUUUACGGUGCGGCACUCCGCACUCCUACGAUGGGUCUGGAGCGCUCAGUGGGGUUCAUUUGUGGUAGCCCGCUUUGCACCGCACAUCGCCGCCGCGGUAUUGACUUACCAAGCUAAAGACCUCUUUGUGCAGCAGCUGCACUUCCUCAUGGCGUUCAGUGGGAUCAUCUUCAUCAACCUUCUCAACAUCCACCUCUUCUUUGACGUGCGGAAGGCACACCGCAAGGACUGCGCUCCUCCCAAGGCCCCCCCGUCGCCCGCUCCAGUGACCAAUACUUUCUAA